AUGAGUUACUAUCAAUGUGAAGCAUGGCAGGUUGAGGCUGAAGAUGGUGAAGAUGAACAUGCUCUUAUGCAAGUGGAAGAUUCAUCACUCUGCCCUGUGUUUUCUAUUGAAAUCCUUGCUAACAUUGUUUCUCAUGAACCAACCAUUGUGCAACAGCUUUUGUUGCCACAGGAUCAGUUGACACAGGCCAGCACAUCCUGGUCGGCUAUAUCCAGCAGGCUUUCGCAGAUGAAUGUACCCUUUAGCCUUCAUGCAACGGUGACGCAGAGGGUCAUUGAAUGUGCACGCUCGGCAAUGAACGAAACACACAACGAGAACCGCAACAACAUUCCUAUUAUCGUGACUCUUUGUCCCGUAAGACCAUCAGAGGAGGAAACAGUACUUUCUGAUGAGAAUGAGGGCUUUGCAGAAUCCUUCAAUUUGCAGGUUUUCAGGCUGAGGGGUGCAAGCAAGAGAGCGAUUGAGGCACUGGAGAAAGUUAAAAUUGAAGGUACUUUUACAGGGCAGUGUGUAAUUUGUUUAGAAGAGAUUUUGGAUGGGUUGAAAGCUAGUCGAAUGCCUUGCUCCCAUGUGUACCAUCAAGAUUGCAUCGUCAGCUGGUUGGAAAAGAGCAAUCUUUGUCCACUUUGUCGAUUUCAGAUGCCUACUUGA